AUGUUGGAGUGUGAAUCGGAAAGAAAGAAGGAAAGAAGAUUGAAUUGCCGCAGAGGACCUAACUCGUUGCAGUCACGAGUCGAUGCCAAGCAGUGCCUCUUAGUCCGUGUGUUCAUAGCGCUGAGCUCUUCUUCAUUCUUCCCCCUCUCGAUGCCGGAUGGUCCCAAAGGUCAACUCGAAGACAUUCGUAGCAAAGACAAGCACCUAAAUCUAUGGCGCUUAUGCCCGCAUCAAAUGAAGCAAUUGAGAGACGAUUGUAAAGGAUACGAACGAGACAUGAUGUUCUACAAGAAGGAUUACCCCGGGCAAGAUGGCAGAGUGGAUACCGCAAUAAUAUCGCCUAUCAAAAUCCAAUUGAGAAAGUUGGACGCUGAGGCCAGGCUUUCACCACCUCCGGAACAGCAUGAACUUAAUAGAAAAGUGGAAAAACUACGCGAGCAAUUAAGGCUGGCAUUUGAACUUAUCAACAUCGAAAGAAAGAUGCGAUUGCAAAUGCCACAGCUCACCAGACGUAUUUUUCCUUAG